AUGGCUACCUCGAAACAAGUCUCCGCAUAUAGACCUCGUACGGAUGUCCUAUCACCAGUUAGCACAAUCCUCAAAUCGUCAUCAGACUUCACAAAAGAAACUCACCGAAAUCUUCCUCUCAAUCUCCCUCACGCUCCUGUCCAGCUCCCCAGCAAUCAUCUGCUUCUUGUCAUUCGCCAACAGCGCAAACCUCUCGCACAGAUCCCCAUCAAUCACCCCCUUGACGGGCACAUAAUACCCCCGAUAAAUCAAAUGAUCCCUCCCGGCAAGCGGCGGAUCCUCGGCCCUCAUGUGACUCUCCAAGCUCUGGAAGAAAUCCACAUCCUCCCUGCUCACAAACGGGAUCAGCACCCCCACCGUCCCCUGAAUCCCGCUCCAGAGCAAAACAUCCUGCCCGCCCACAACAAGAUUCGUCUUGGUGAUCGACGUAGGAAGAUCCUGAGUGUAAAAGUGCGCCAUGAGAGCGGUCCGAUUGGGUGCGCCGUGGAGGUAGCUCUUUGCGUGGACGAGUUGGAUUUCCGAGCCGGGCUCGUCCGACUCCUGGGAGGCGCGCUCGGGAGCCCGCAAAAUCCAGACGUUGCCGAAUUUGUCUCCGCCGGCGACGGAUUCGUAGUCGACCAUGGCUGUGCAGGUCGUCCAUCGGUUGAUGGUGUCAUCCGCCCACGCAAGGAGCUUGUUGCUUUCGGGUUUGUAGACGGCGUAGGUAAUCCCCUGCUGGACAUCACCGACGACGAUACGGUUACCUUGCGUCUGCAACGACACAAUAAGCUGAGGGGCAAUCUCGGCUUGGGCCUUGCGGAGAAGCUGCUUGAGACCAAGAUCAUAGAUUCUCAACGUCUUGCCAAUGCCUGCGAGGAGACGGCCUUGGAAGGGGAUGAGCGCCAUGGGGGGUUCUUCAAUCUUGGUCUUGUGGAUGAAUUCCAAGUCACGGCCAUCGUCGUGGAAGCGGUAGACAUGGAUGUAGCCUUCGCUGAACUGGCGAGGGCUGAGAAUCAUGUCCUUGCCGGUACCAACGAUAAGGAAGCUCUCGCCGUCUUGGCUGGCAAACGACACAACGGCAGCACUGACGGCGGCUUCGUUGUUGUCGAGGUCGACACGGUUGAGAACGCUUGGCUCAUCGCUGACAGGGUCGACAAUGCUGAUACACGAUGCCCACCUGUUCCUGGCCUUCGGAUAGCCAAACUCCUCUGGCGGCAGAAUGGCUGCGUCACCAUUAGUAUUAGACUGAGCCAGCAGCUGCGCCCGGAGCUCCGGUGGGAGAGUGUUGUUGUCGGCUUCGAUGGUGUAGAAGUAGGGCUGCUCGGGGUGUUUGACCAGGCGCUUUGGUGUAUAGGUCAGAGGAAUGGACUUUUGGAUCAUGUUGUCCCCGAGCUUCUCGAUGGUGAAGAUUCUAACUCUCCAGUUAGCAAGAAAACUACCAACAGAAUAUCGAAACAAGGUAUAAAACAGCUUCUUCAGAAGGAACAAUUGAUACGACUGGUGCCGUAA